AUGGAAGAAACAUACAUCGUCGAAUUUCUCAUUCACGAAGCUACCACAAGGAUUCUCCACAUCGCAAAACCAGCAGUCUCUAUCAGAUUUCUUCAAUUCCCAACCCUCACAAUCUACGGCCAAUUCCAAGGAAAGCUUCAAUUCGGUAAAGGCAAGGCCUGCAAAUUUGUGUUAGAUGAAAAAAUAUUACGAGCAGCCCUUCGAAAAACCCCUCUUUACGUAAUGCUAAUUGACGCUUUUCCUCAAAAUAUCAGAAUGCUGGGGACUGCAGCUCUAGAUCUUUCUAUUUUUGCUGACAUUGACUUUAAAACUUCUAGUGAUUUUAAAAGAAGCAUCAUAGAUCUUUAUGAUCCAAUUAGAAAUGCCAUUGGGAAAUUAGAUUUAAGUAUCUCUAUUUCUAUUCUUAAAAAAAAUCCAGAAAUUGAAGGAAAACCAGCUGAUGGGAUUUUUCAAAAUAUCACACAGGAAAUGAUUAAUAAAAUCCCAGGCGAGCUAAAAGUAAAUAAAUCUAUAGAAACUGACCCGAUUCCACCAAUAUAUAAGACGGCUGCUUCAUUAGUUACGAGAGGGACGAUUACAGAAGAAGAAAAACCUGAGCCAAAAGAGACACAAACUCCACUUUUUGGGGAAUCUUAUCAGCCACCUCCAAUGUUUUAUAGUAAGGCUAAGCCGACAAAUAAAACAACGAGCACUUCUUAUGAAGAACCUCUUCCGCAGCCUCAAAAACAAGCUACACAGUAUAUAGCUCCUCCUCCAGAGCCGACAGGUUUACUUAUUGAUCAUUUAAUUCAAGAAGUUCAGAUGCUCAAAGGAGCUUCUUCAUUGCAGCAGCAAUGAAGCUAUCCGCCUCUUAUGCAAUUUGACAAACCAAAGACUCAAAAAGUAUUUACCACUACAAAUGUGGAUAAUCUUACAAUAAAACCAGCUGAAAAAACGCGAAAAAUAUAUAUAUAACUCCCCCAAGCAAAUCAUAUUUGAGGGAAAUUUGACACCUUUUAACUUGCAAAUUCUUUUUUAAUAUACUUCUAAAAAAUUGCUUUUUUAAACUUUAAAAAAAAAAUCCAUAAAGAUGGAGAUAGAGACAUAAAGAAAAUUUUAAAAUUUUAAAAAUCACGAGUCUCCAACGACUAUUUUAGGCAGCUAAGCAUUUUGUAAAAUUAUGCAUAUGGUGCAAAUUUUAUCAAUAAACAUCUAUAAUAUUUUGCUGUUUUAAUCAUUUAAAGUAUAUGAAGAUGAUAUUGAGAUAAUUGUCUUAUGCCAAAUGAGGAACUUCUAAAUAGCUGUGAUUUAAUUUUCAUAGAUAUAUUAAAAGAGAUAUAUUCUAUAGGGAGAUAGUCUAAAAUUCCAUUUUCACUUUUUAUUAGGUUUGCUAAAUAAGCUGGCUCCGCAAUCCUUAUGUAAAAAUGGAACAAAAAACACAACAAAGUCCAGUGGCUCAUGAGGUAAGAAUUAGCUAGACUUUAUUAUCUCAAGCUUCUGGAAACCCUGAUAGAGCACCAUUAUACUUCUAAUCAAAUUUUAUUCUCUUUGACUUAGAAUUUAAACUAUUUUACAUUAAUCUUCACUGAUCACAGUUAUCUAGAUCACUUAUUUGACAAUGAGUAUUUAAAAGCUUUUUUAAGGGCGAUUGCUUGUUCUCGAGGGUUAAAUAGGGAGUAAGUGAAAGUCUAAAAGAAAGUCUAAAAGAAAGCCAAAAAGAAAGUCAAAAAGAAAGCCAAAAAGAGAGUGAAGACCACUACUCUGAAGACUUUGAAGAAAAUACGAGCUCGAUUCCGCAGAGCUCAGAGAGAAGAGUAAAAUGCUAUGUAUGUUUAGAAAUGAUAUUGCCUAGCGAAGCUGGCGACCAUCCAAAAUUCUGUAAAAAUGCAAAAUCAAGGACUAUAUCUUUGCUUUCUCCUAGAGAAGAAAGUUCAGAAGGAUGGAAAGAGUUAACGAAAUCAGUAACCCAAUCUAGCAUCGUAGAAGAAUAUGACAGCGAUUUUGAAGACGAAAGUGAAAGAUAA